AUGAUAAGUCCUAGUUAAUAGGUUUUAAAUAGUGCAUAGAGUAAUAGAGCUAUAAAGUAAAUUUCAAUAAGCAAACCAAAGAAAAUCAAGCAUAUUUUGUAGAAAGAGCCAAGUAAACCAGAUUGGAAUGAUCGCUUUUUCUUAGAAAAGAUCCCACCUUAUCAGCCACAAAAAGAUAGAUAAAAUGGUAUUUAAAAGUUACCAAAAUACCCUAUCCUAUAGUAAGGCCUUCCAACAAGUUAAAGUGGAGCAAGUUUAGUUAAUGUACCAAGCAAUUCAAAUAUUGUAAUGGAACCUGGAAAGAUUAGAAAAGUAUAAAUGAAUAAUUUGGUAGGACAGCCAAACAUAGUUAAAAAAAGACCUCAAUCACAUUAUAAAAUAAAAAAAGAGUUAGAUGAAAAUAAGUACUCUAAUAAUCCUCUUGUUCAGCAUUAUAUCAAUAUGUAAUAAAAACCUAUAGUCUAUGAUCUUGAUUAAAAUCCAAAGAUAGUCGAAGGCUAUUUAGAGAAAUUGCAAAAUGAUGUAAAUAUAGAAUGGCAACAAAAAGAUAUUCCUCAUUUUCAUCGUAAAGCUUUUUCUGAAGCUGUAAAGGGUUUACCUAAAAUAGAAAUAGUUUAGCAUGUAUAUAAAGAACUUAAAUUUAUGAAGAAGGACAGGGCUUAAAUUUAGAUUUGCUUAAAAGUUAUUCGAGCAAGAGAGACCUGCUUAGAAACGUUAAAGCAAUAAAUAGAACUACUGAAAGUACCUAUUGAUGAAUAAUAUGAAAAAAAUUUAUAAGAAAUAAGCACUACAUUAAAGGAUUUAAGGAUUCUAUCCUUGGAGGUUGUUGAGUAAAUAUUAAGAUGGCGUGAGAGCAUUCUAAAUUUUCACUAUACAAAAUAAGCUGCACUUUUGGAAAACUAAAAAGGUUCAGUUACCUCAAUCUAAUCUCCUAAACAAUAACAAAAAUAAUUUCAAAAUCUAAAUAUGUAAUUACCUUUCUAUUACAACUAAAGAAAUUAUUUAUUAAAAAUGAGGGAUGAUAUUAAAUUUUUGAAAUAAUCAUAAUUGCAGCAUCAUGUUAACUUACAAGCAAAUACAAUAUCUGACCCUUUCUUAUUGACUAUGCAAAAAUAAUAAAAUGUAAUAGAUCCUAUAUAUAUUGAUUACCCCUAAAUAACUCAUGACUGCUCACUUCUAAUUUAGAGAAUUAGAGCUUCGGAGUUAAUUAUUUUUGAAGAAUCUAUUCAAAGACGUGUUAAAGAGUAAUUUGGAGAUUAUGUAGUUAAGCCAUUGAAUAUUUAGGAAUCACAAAUAGUUGGCUUUAUGAAUUCAUAUCUAGAUUAAAUUCCUAUCGAAAUAAAAAAUUCAUUUUAUUCUGAUGUCAAUCACAUCCUUUCUUUUAAUUAAACUGAGCAAGAUGUAAACUUUCUAAAAAUUGAAUCUGGAGGAGUAACUGAUUCUUUCUAAGGAUUAGCUAUAAUUUGUGUUGACAGAUAGCAGUAUCACUUAAGAAGGACUAAUAUAUUACAUGUUAGCUGUAUAGAAAAAUCUUUUUAUAAUAGUAUAAUCAAUACUCUUGUAGAUUUUAUUUGGAAAAAUGACUCUAGUGAAGAAAUAAGAGUAAAUUUAUUCUAUUAAGAGGAAGAAGGAAAACUUUAACUAGAUCCAUAUGUAAAAAAUAUAUUUAAUAACAUUGGAUUUAAAUGGAAACAAUUAGUAAAUGACCCUAAAACUAGCAAACGCUCUACAAUUUUUGGUUUAAGAAGGCCUGCAACUAUCCCAGUACCAAAAAAAUUUACAAAUAAUAUCGAAGAAACUGAUGAAUAAUAUUAGCAAGAACCUAUAUAGUUCAAUAACUUAUUGAUAUUAAGUGAAAAGACAGGUGGAAAUAAUCAAUAACUACAAUUUUAAAGCUAUGAUAUACCUAUUCAUUUAGCUAAGUCAAUUAGAUAAAUAAAAAAUAAAGAAACAUAGGAUUAAAUAUUAUCUGCUGCUAUCAAUUAAGAUACCAUCAUAAAGGCAUUUGGUUAAGAAGAUUUUAGUAUUAAAGGAACUCUCCUUGAAUAAUUUGAUGUAGACUAAAAACUUAAUGAAUUUUGCUAACAAGUUUUUCCUAAAACAAAUUUCACCUUUUAAAGCCAAGGAUAAACAAUAGCUUGCAUUUCUAAAAAUUGCUACAGAUGGAAGCAUUUCAAUUUUGCUAAAUACUAAAAUAAAAAUUACAUCCGAAUCAAAAAGAAUGAAGAAUUACAAAAUAUAGUCAAAAAGUGCUUUAGCUCUGCUGAUAAAAAUAUGUCUCCUUUAUACUUUAUCCCUACAGAUGAUGAGCAAGUUAACUUCUUUUUACUUCAAAUAAGCGAAAAAGAACUAAAUGCUUUGAAGUCAGGAGAAAUUGAGAUUGCUAAUUUUGUAGGAAAUACUAUUUAAAAAUGUGAUAAAGAUGAAGUGAUUGAAUAAGAUUUAUGGAUACCUGCUACUAAUUACGCAUAAAAUAUUCAUACUUUACCAAAAUAUAAAAUUAAUAGUAUAAACUAAGUUUUAUCUAAAAUAUAGUUUAGCACAGACUAUAAGCCAUAAAUUGAAGCAGGGCUAAUAGCUUCAGAACCUACUUAACAAGAUUCUAUUGUAUGGUAACCUCCUUUUAUUAUGGGUUUAGUACAUAACGAGCUUAGUGAAAAGGUUGAUUACCCAAUGAUUAGUUGCUUAGUUGAAGAUAAAAAUAUUUAAGGAUCAGCUUGA